ACGCUGUCGCUCAAUCUCAAUCGAAAUCAAUAUCGCAAACGGCUCUCGCUCUCGCUCUCUGCCUGACUGCCUCUCACGACUAUUGAAUCCGACUGCCGUCGGUCUGCGGCUGCCGGGCGCCGGCGGCCUCUCUCGUCUCUGCGGCUGCCUGCCUGCCUCUCUCCGUCUCUCGUCGCUCUCUGCCUCUCGCUCUCCACCCGUCACUGUUGUGAGGGCUCUUACGAGUUAACGAAAAUGUCCAAAGUUCGAGCAUUAUGGCAAGCAUCUUUGACCGCCACUAAAAGAGCUCUCACGUGGAACAUUGAGGACAUGAUUCCUCCUAGCGAGAGAUUUAUAUACAACUUCAAUUCAAAAGAAGAGCUUAAGAAAUGGCAUUUGUAUUCAGAUUCUGAAUAUGGAGGUUUAUCAUCAGCAGCAUUGGAGAUCAAUGAUGCUGGAAAUGAACGGAGUGGCCCUGGAGUUUUCUCUGGGAAUCUCUCUUUGGAUGUUACAGAGGGUACAAAAUGGAAUAUUAGCAGGAGUGGCUUCUGUGGAAUGAGGUCUAAAAAGUUUGAUGGCUUUAUUGAUUUAGAUCCAUAUGAUACUAUAGCAUUAAAAGUUAAAGGAGAUGGUAGGAGUUAUAUAUCGACUAUUUAUACAGAGAAUUGGGUAAAUUCGCCUGGACAAAUGGAAGAUAACUCAUGGCAAGCUUUUGUUUGUGUGCCUAAAGACAACUGGGUUGUUGCAAAGAUUCCUCUUGCACAUUAUCUUCCAACAUGGAGAGGAAACGUAAUCGAGGCAGACAUAGAAAUGAAUCCUUCUAAAGUUGUUGGCAUGUCACUAUCUGUGAACGCUGAAGGUGGAGUCCCAGAUACUGAAACUGGGCCAGGUGAUUUUCGCUUGGAAAUAGACUGGAUCAAAGCCUUGAGAACCGAAUGAAUUGUUUGUAUACUACUAUCUGGAUCGUCGGAAAAUAAUAUAAGCAGGGCUCUAGGUUUUACUGGACCUCCAAAUGAUUUACAAGAGGGGAUCCGUGAGUAACCAUUCUCUGCAAUUGGGUGCUAUUUUUGUUGCUGGUAAUCUAUAUGAGCCAAUACCAUGUGUAAAAUUGUUGCUACAAGCACAAAGCUUAGGGGAUAUUUGGUUGGUUUUCUAUCAAGUUAUGUGUGGAUAAAGUUAUCUGUAUCUCGAUUAAUUUAUCUAUAUAAAAUAUAG